AUGCCCGGAAUUUUACCCAUGAAAGUGAUCAAGGUCGGCGGCACAGGCGUACAAAGUCGAAUCGCCCAAGCCUGUGACCGUUGUCGAAGCAAAAAAAUCCGCUGCGAUGGUAUUCGACCAUGCUGUACACAAUGCGCCCAUGUCGGAUUCGAAUGUAAAACGAGCGAUAAACUGAGCCGUCGGGCCUUCCCUCGAGGAUAUACUGAGUCUUUGGAAGAGCGAGUGCGCGCUCUGGAAACCGAAGUGAAAGAGUUGAAGGGCUUGCUAGACGAGAAAGACGAGAAGAUUGACGUUUUGUCGCGGAUACACUCUUUUUCGCCAUCGCAACGCGCGGCCCCCAUUCGAUCCCCCUCCACAUCCACGACAAUUCAAUCUACCCCGGAUGAAUACGAGGGCGUCAUUGAGGUCGAAAAAGUGGCUCGCCAAUCUCCGAUGCAAUCUUCCGAUAAUCCCUUUACCGCCCUAUGCAGCACUCAAGGCUUUGCCGGGGUACUGACGGAUGCCUUGUUGAGCCAAGGAAAAUCGACAGCGAAACUUGCAACGAAUGCGCUGACAAAAUUGUCUCCCCCCGUGUCUCGUGGCAUGCUCAACCAGCCUAUCAGGACUCCACCUCGUCUGGUAUCCGACCAACUUAUUAAUAUAUUUUUCCAAGAAUGGGCGCCUUUGUACCCGGCAGUGCAUCGUCCAACCAUUUUGAAGGCUUAUGAGCAGUAUCUGAAUGGCUCGGACUCAUUGAGAAACGACGUUCAUAUGAUGGCUCAGUUGAAUUUGAUAUUCGGAAUUGCGGCUCUUUCGUCGAGUUCAAGAACUAACCAAGACCCUGCCUUUUUUGAGGAGAAUUGGUCAACUCCCGUGGAUUCAUUUUCCGGCGAAACAUCAAUGAAGAGUUUACAGUGUCUCGUUCUCGCCCAGGUUUACUGCAUGACUAAGACCGACUACCGCAGCCUAUUGCGCUAUCGUGCUCUGGCUGUGGAUGUUUGUCAUCAGCUUGGACUUCAUCAAAAUGUCGAGGCAUCGAACCCGCUGGAAGCGGAAACCCACAAGAAAGUUUUCUGGUGUCAAUAUGUGCUUGACCGCUUCACGUCUGCUCUGACGGGGAUGCCAGUUCUUCUGCGCGAGUCUGAUAUUGAGACUGAAUAUCCUAUCGAUGUCGAUGACGAGUACGUUACCGAGACCGGCUUUUUGCCAACUCUCCCUGGCGAGUCCACCCGUCUUUCUAGUGCCCUUGCGCUUUUCGGGGUCUCCCGAAUUUUGAACAAGGCUUUGGAGGACCUGUACCCUUCUAAAGCUGGUUAUAAAAUUUAUGUGUCAAAGAUGCGUGUUGUGACAGAGCAGUUGGAUGGAUGGCUCCAAACGCUACCUCCUCACCUUCGCCUUGAGUUCUCUCAAGACAAGCCCAGCACCAAUGUGACAAGCAGUCGCUCGCCCCUUUUGUCUCUUGUGUACUUCUUCAUCCGCUCCCUGAUUCAUCGCCCUGCCGUGUGUUUCGCCGACGAAAAUCUGCGUUCUCGAUCAGUUCUAGCAUUGGCCGAUUCCUCGAAGCAUACCAUUCAAAUUUUGCAACUACUUGAUGAACGGCGGCUGUGUCUCUCGUUUAGUUUCAACCGCAAAGAAUUGUUGUUUUUCUCUGGCCUUGGAAUUCUGUGGCAGACCAUGGGCCUAAAGCGCGAUAGCAAGCUGGCAAAAGAGAGUCAGAAACUCCUCGCCACGGCGGCCCAGCAAUUGGAAGCAGAGUCGACUGCAGCGGCUGCUGAAUUUGGUCAGCUCAUUAAUACUUUGAUGCCAUUCGACAAGCAAGCACAUGCGAUGGCAGCUCCUGAUAAACCAUCCAGAUCUCCGAAGAAGCAUCUUCAAUCACUCAAAUCUCGUAUUUCAUCCGGCAUGGGUCGAAACCAAGCUAAGCAGGCCUCACCUUCACGACGGAAUACAGUCUCGGGCGCCACUGUCCCGGACGUUGCUCAAUCUCUUCGAUCUCCUAGUUGGAACAGCCUACCCCCUCCACAACAGGAUCAUAUGUCGAACCCACAACAUUUUCAAAAUGUUAGACAUUCUUUGGAUCUUUCCUCGGAUGCUCACAUGAUGUCAUCUACGGGGUACGAUUACAGUCGAGACUUCUCCAGCUCAACCCCAUCCGAUGCCACGAAUGGCGCCAUCACAAUGGCAGAUUGGGAGUAUGUUCUUAGUGAUAUGGAUCGGGGAUAUUCAAACAUCUUCACUGGAAUAUAUGGUGGCAAGGAAUGCGGAGAAGACCCCGGACCUUUUGCAUCUAUCACGGCUGAGUAUAACCGGAAGCCCAAUGAUGGCACGCUCGCCAUUCCUUCCCCGACCGAUAUGGUCAAAUUAUCACCCGAGUCGUGGUCCGCCAGCAGUGGGGACUUUGCGCCCCACCAGGAGCAUACCGCACAGAGCGUAUUGAGUUACUCGGGGGAAAGUAUGAGCAGUGAGGACAAUCUGCAGUCACUCGGCGAUAUUUCGGGCCGCCCGGAGGAUAUGGGUCUUUUUGAUCCAUUUCAGUCACUUUCAAUGCCGCCUAAAGAAGACAUUGAUGAGCUGGCUCUAGUCAACGGUUGGGACCGUCGGCUAGUUGUUUGA